CAACCCUUCAGGAUCACUAACCCUUCAGGAUAGCUAACCCUUCAGACAGCAUACCCAGUCACAUUAUUCAGAUAUCGCUCCAAACCGAGAAAGAUAACCUAGCCACAAUGGCAGGCAACAUCGUCGAGGAGGUUGAUACCCAGUCGACAACCAACCGCCGGAUUUUGCGGCCGCUGGGCACCAAGAACACAUGGCUACUAGGCAUCGAGAAUGUGCUAAAGAGCCGUCCCGAUUACGCGGGUAGCGAGCUCGAGAUGGUCAACGCGAACUUCGCGCGGGAGCUUAUAGCGGCGCGCACCAACGACAAAUUUACCGUCCCCAAGGUCGUCACUUGCCGGAGCAAGGGCAACGACUUCAGACGCACUGUCUCUAUCCAGGAGCGAGUCCCGGGCGAGUCGCUAGACAAUGCGCUGGAGUCCCUCUCGCGGGCGGAACUCACGCGUAUCGGUGCUGGCCUCGGCGCGUACCUGCUCGCGCUACAGGCUCGCACGUCGCCGCGCAUGGGGAUGCUCAACGGGCAGCCGGUAAUGGACCAGGGCCUGCUCGCGCCGCUGCCGCAACAGGCGAUGAGGGAGUAUGAGAAUUGCCGGACAGACGACGAGGUGGCGGCCAACCUGGGGCUGAGGCUGCAAGCGGACCUGGAGACGGUGGCGGAGCUGAUGGCGCGGAUGCCGCCGGCGACACCGUUCGUCUUCACGAACUCGGACCUGCACGCGGAAAACGUGAUGGUGCACAAGGGUGAGUUCGUGGGGCUCCUCGACUGGAGGCUCGCCGGCUACUACCCCCGCUGGUGGGAGUACGUCAACAGCGCCGCCCUGCUCGACGAGUACCUGCCCGCCGAGCUGCGGCACCCGGAGGCACUCGCCUGGUUCCGCGUCUAUAGCGCGCUGCGCGAUCGCCCGAACGAUGAGAAGACCCGCAAGCUGGUCGCCGAGUAUCUCCAGAGUACAAACUAGGUAGGUGGCCAAGAGGGGUUUAGGUAAGUAUCUGCCUAGAUUCCUAGAUUCCUAGAUGUGCUGGCGUGUAGGCAGGAGUGCGAGUAACUACGUAAACAUUGCUAGCAUAGCGGUAAGUUGUAAGUCAUAAAUACAGACUGAUAUCGCCAACUAAUACCCACCUACAAGUAGUCCUGUGAAAAAUCUGACUGCUUUGCCUAUGUCUAAAAACGAGCGUGACGAAUGUAGCCACAAAACAAACAGGUGUUUACGAAAAUCUUGGGUUGCACCUAGGUAAUAAAUACGGAGAGAGACGUUACCCCUACCUAACUAGACCUACUUACCUAGGUGUAGGUACCUAUUAAUCGUCAGUGAUGAUGAAUUUACCAACCCUCAACCUCUUAUCUAAUGGCGCUAGAUUCUAGGAAGAGGAUGAAGGGUCCUCCUAGCUUC